AUGGGACAGCAAUCGUUGAUCUACAGCUUCGUCGCUCGCGGCACCGUGAUCCUUGCCGAGUACACUGAGUUCACCGGAAACUUCACUGGCGUGGCGGCGCAGUGCCUCCAGAAACUCCCUUCCUCCAACAAUAAGUUCACCUACAACUGCGAUGGCCACACCUUCAACUACCUCGUCGAUAAUGGAUUCACUUAUUGUGUGGUUGCUGUUGAGUCUGCUGGACGGCAGAUUCCAAUUGCUUUCCUUGAACGAAUCAAGGAGGAUUUUACCAAAAAGUAUGCCGGAGGAAAAGCAGCAACAGCGGCUGCACAGAGCCUCAACAGAGAGUUUGGACCUAAGUUGAAGGAGCAGAUGCAGUACUGUGUUGAUCACCCGGAGGAAAUUAGCAAGAUUGCUAAAGUGAAAGCUCAGGUCUCAGAAGUCAAAGGAGUUAUGAUGGAGAAUAUCGAAAAGGUUCUUGACCGUGGGGAGAAAAUUGAGCUUUUAGUGGAUAAAACAGAGAAUCUUCGUUCUCAGGCUCAAGAUUUCAGGCAGCAGGGAACCAAGAUUAGGAGGAAGAUGUGGUUCCAAAACAUGAAGAUAAAGCUAAUCGUUCUGGCUAUCAUAAUUGCCUUGAUUCUCAUUAUUGUUCUUUCCGUUUGUGGUGGCUUCAGUUGUGGUAAAUGA